AUGCUGUGCCUUCUUAUUGGUUUUGUAACUAUCCUUUAUAUCUUCUAUCGUUUAUAUCAACAUUUUUUUCCAACACCAAAUAUCAAUCCUAAUGGUAAAUAUGUUCUUAUUAGUGGUUGUGAUAGUGGAUUUGGUCAUGAAUUAGCUAUUGAACUUGAUAAACAAGGUUUCAAUGUUCUUGCUGGUGUCUUCCUUCCUGACAAUGUAGCGUUUCUUAGAGAAAAACUUUCAUCAAAAGCUACAGUUUUUCGUCUUGAUAUUACUAAACAACAAGAUAUUGAUGGUGCAUUUGAAUUAGUAAACAAGAAAACAAAAGUUCUUCAUGCACUUGUUAAUAAUGCUGGAAUUGCUGUUAUUGGUCAUAUUGAUUGGACAUCAAUGGAAGCUAUGCGUAAAGUUAUGGAUGUAAAUUACUUUGGACAUGUUGCAAUGACAAAGAAAUUUUUACCUUUACUCAUUGCUAAACGUGAUUCUCGUGUUGUCAAUAUUUGUUCUAUAGCCGGUUAUCUCGCAUUAUCAGGUGGAUCUGCUUAUUGUGCAUCAAAAUAUGCCUUUGAAUCAUUUUCGGAUUGUCUUCGACGUGAAAUGGUACCAUGGGGUUUACAUGUUAGUAUUAUUGAACCAGGAUACAUGCGAACACCUAUUCUCGAGAGUGGUGUUAAGUCAUUUGAAGAUUCUUGGAAUCAACUGCCAAAGGAUGUUAAAGAGAGAUGGGGAGAAGAUUUUAUUAAAGCUACAUUUAAUACUAGAAAAAACAGCCCAUUUCGGAAACAUGCCGAAGAUCCUAUGAAAGUCGUUCGUGCUCUUCAACAUGCUGUUAUGAAUACUGUUCCUUGCAUUCGUUAUCGACCUGGAUGGCAAUCAAGUCUGUUUUUCUUUCCAUUAUCUAAUUUACCUGCUUGGUUUGUUGAUUGGUUUUGGGAUAAACCAACAAAAUCAACUCUUUUUCCUGCAUUUGUUUCUCAACAACUUAAAGACUAA